CUUGCCAUUGCAGGCCAUCGAUCGCGCACGCAGCCGCCAUGUCGGUCCCUCGCUCACGUCUUCUCGACUUGAUGAAGGCGCAAUGCCGCAUCUUCAACACCACCUUCAAUCCCACCGCACAACGACUCGGCAAUAAAAUCCUCCGCCAACGAUUAAAGGGCCCUUCGCUGGCAGCAUAUUACCCCCGACGAGUGGCGACGUUUGUGGACCUGAAGCGGCUGUACCCAGGAUAUGAACUAUACGAUGACUUUGAAGAGGAUCGGUUAGAGCAUCUACAGAUCGCGAAGUCAAGAGGAAAGGGCGCGCCAAAGAAGAAGAAGGCGAAGACAGAAGCAAAGAAGGGCCAGAAGAAGAAGCGGUAGUGGAUACGAUGUUCAACUACUAUAUGACGCGCUGUUCAGAAGUGCCCAGCUGCGAUGGAGAUGAGGAGCACGCUCUGGAACCUGAGCAGUCGCAUUUGCGCAAGGCCUGCAGAUGGCUUACAAAUGGCCGGCACACUUUUCUUGCCAGCGCAACGAGCAUGGCUUGCUGAAACGGGAUCCCGAUAAUUCCCUGGGACGAAUCGCAUGGGUUCAGCGUUGUUUGCUGCCUCUCCGAAACAUGGCGUCAUGGCUGGCGCAAUGAGCUCGCGCUUGCUUCACUUGCAGCAGUCUACCAGACAGCGUAGCGCACGCAUUGAUGGCGGGCUCGAUAUCAAAGGGUCGGGGUGCGCCUUCCGACGCCGGAAACGAGAUCAUGAGGCCUCGCCACAAACACAAGACGCUCUCAGAUUAGAACAGCUCAUCUUGCAUACAGCUUCUAUUGGGAAACGACUUCCACUUACGCGUUCUCCAUCCGCAACACUGAC